GAGCACCAGAGGCCCCACAGAAGAAGCCAGUCGGAUUUGUUUUGGUUUUGCGCUUUGUCACUGGUCCCGUGUCACCGGAGCAAAGGUCCACCACGCCUGCACUUUCACCUGGCCGCUGCACAUUUCUGACAUUCAGGCAAAGCGGGACUCCUCCUCCUCUGGGAUCCGUGCUACGCCACACCUUCUCCGGGCCGCCGCCCCCUUCAAGCUCCGUUAUUCCAGCCCAGAAACAGGCCCAGAAGCUAGUUAGCCACAAGCUAACGACUGUCUGCUUUUACUCAUGUCAUCGGAAGAAGCUUUGGGUUCAUCGAUUACGGACUGGCUGUUUGUCAACUCGUGGUGGCUGCUCUUGCCUUUCAUCAUGCUCCUUGUAGUCGUAGCCUUUAUAGUGGCCUUUGUGUUGCUGUUAUACAUGAUAUCACCUCUAAUCAGCCCCAAACCUCUCAAACUCAACGGGGCCCACGUCGUGGUGACAGGGGGAUCUAGUGGAAUUGGAAAAUCCAUUGCUAUUGAGUGCUAUCGACAAGGAGCUUUCAUCACUUUGGUGGCACGAGAUGAGGCUAAAUUGCUUCAAGCUAAGAAAGAAGUGGAAAAAUUUGCCAUCAAUGACAAACAGGUGGUGCUGUGCAUAUCAGUGGAUGUUUCAAGUGACUACCAUCAAGUGGAAAGCGUGAUAAAACAGGCUCAGGAAAAGUUGGGGCCUGUCGACAUGCUUGUGAACUGUGCUGGCACCUCCAUCUCUGGAAAAUUUGAGGAAGUAGAUGUGGACCGCUUUAAAAAAAUGAUGGAGGUGAACUACCUGGGCAGUGUGUACCCCACACGGGCAGUUAUCACCACAAUGAAGGAGCGCAGGAUGGGUCGGAUCAUGUUCGUGUCCUCUCAAGCAGGACAAAUAGGGCUGUUUGGAUACACUGCAUACUCCCCUUCCAAAUUUGCCUUGCGUGGUCUUGCAGAAUCACUGCAAAUGGAGAUCAAGCCGUACAACAUCUACGUGACUGUUGCCUACCCCCCUGACACAGACACGCCUGGACUAGCUGAGGAAAAUAAGACAAAGCCUCUAGAGACAAAAUUGAUCUCUGAAACUUCUGGAGUUUGUCAACCUGAGCAAGUGGCUAAGAUAGUUGUUCGGGAUGCAGUGCAAGGAAACUUCAAUAGUUCAAUAGGGCCAGAUGGAUACAUGCUCUCAGCCCUAACCUGUGGAAUGUCACCUGUCACCUCCAUCACAGAGGGUCUUCAGCAGAUUGUUACGAUGGGUUUGUUCCGUACCAUCGCCCUCUUCUACCUUGGCAGUUUUGACAGCAUUGUGCGCCGAUGCAUGAUUCAAAGGGAGCAGUCAAAAGCAGCAGACAAGAGGGAGUAACAUCAGCCUUAGCUUCUCUGUAGCUUCCUGCUCUCCUUCCCUUUAUAGUUUUUGUACUAUGUUUGUCUAUGGCAGUGGAGAAAAGGCCAAACUUUGUUUUUUUAAAAAUACAUUUCCAUGGGAAAGAACAACAUGCUGGGUUCAGACUUCAUUGCCUUUGUGUUCUGGGACCACUGUUCUGCUACUAUUAAAUGCUGGCUAUAUGAAGAAAACAUGUUACACAUGUUGUGUUAAGUUUACACGUGCCAUGUAAACUUAACACAACUCCUAAAUUUGAAAUAUUAGCACAAAGUAAUGGGGUUUCUCCUGUGCAGAUGAAAAAAUUAUAUUUCACUGAGAUUCGUGGCUUUUUGUUAUAGUGUUAGUAUUUAUACUACAGAAGACACAGGUGUUUUGUCCAUAGUGAUCAGACACACUAAAGCAAUGUUUGUCCAAACUCGGCAUAAACGUUUACUCUGCUCCAAGUAUUUUAAUUGCCCAUCAUCUAACAGCUGAGCAUUCCAAUAUCUGCUUUUAAUGUGCAUUUCUGUGGAGAAAUAAGGGUAGACUAAACAUCCCAUUCUUUGAAGCAGGUAGGCUUCAAUGACGGUUCUUCAUUGGUGUCCCUUUUCCAGCCCUACAGUGUUGUUGUUUUAGUCCUCAAAGAGCAGAAGCAACAGAUAGCCUGUCUGACCGGUUGUGCCAAAAAUGGCUUGAAAGUCUUUCCCACCAAUAUAUCACAAUGGAUAUAUUGUGGCAUGUAUCACAACACUAGGUCCACCUAGUAAUUUAGCAGUUUUCUCAAAAAGUCUCCUUUGUACCACAAGUCUUUGCAGGCAAAGCAGCUUCCCAUUUGACUGAAUAACUUUGCUAUUUCAAGUUUUGUUAUUGUGCUCUGUGAGUGAAAGAUACAGAGUUCUGUUCAAUUAUAUCAAACGUGUUUGAGUGUUUGCCUUGUUCCAAAACAAAUUUAAUCACACAAAAUGCAAAAAACUAUCCAAAAUAUUACAUUUCAGAUGCAGUGUAGGACCAAAUCGUUUUGGGGAAAUCAUCUGCACGUAUGUACUGUAUGUGUGCUUUGUUUGCUGUGACUGAGCCAACCCCAGGGAAAAGAAAAGCCAUUGUAUUUUAUAGUCUCUGGUUAAGUGCACCAAAUUAUUUAAAUCUUACUUUGUUUACAUACAUAUUAAGGCAGAUAAAGUGAAUAUUAGUACCAACAGAACACCAGCAUAGGUGGCAAAGGUUCACGUCAUAUGUGUUAUGUGUAAUAGCAAGCAUGAUGUGUUCACAUGUUGUAUAUGCACACUGGUAGCCACCUGUGUUCCGCUCAUAUGUUCUGAGUUGGCAAUAGAUAGACAAACUCGCUGGUUCGAGUAGUUACUUUGCAGACUGACUGGGGGUGCUAGAGGCCUAUUAAACUAAAGCUCAUUAUUAUGGGCAUGAAUGAAAGGUAGAAGACGCUUGUACAACAUGCACAAGACACCAUAAAAUUAGAUCACCAUUCCCUUGUGAGUUUGGUUAAGCCUUGAAUAUCUUUUGUUUGCUUUUGUUUUACACAUAAGGAUAUAAAGUGGCUCACAAGUCUUCCAUUGAUCCAUCACAAAAUGGGAAUGUACUUUAACAUCACACAAAUCAGUAAAGAGGAAUUGUAAUGAUGAAUACACCACUAUUUAAAUGCCAAAUGUGUUAAGACAAUUUUCUGUAAAUGUGAUGCAUUAUUUUGAGAUUUUUUUGGAUGUUGCUGCUUUGUUUUCUUAGAGGUUAGUUUGUGAAAUCUGUGGAGGUUUUUGGGACCCAUUCUAAGCCUUAAGACUACUGAUAAAGCUAUAAGAAUGGACCUAUCCACAGAGCUACUGGUUUACCUGUUCAUUUGUUGACUUUUUCAAUGUAAAAUGCAAACUGUUUUUGUGUAUUCUGUGAAAUGUAGCCUUAAUGGUAUCCAACAUAUGAAAGUGAGAAUGAAUGAGUCACCUGUGAUGAAGUUCUCAUUUGAUAUUGGUGGGAGGCUUCAAAAGCUUUUCAUGAAAAGUUUAUUGCUUUUACUGAGGUAGCGACAUAUAGUUUCUAGAAAACAAUGUAGCCAUUUUAGCAGGUUUUAUUUUACACCUUUAAGCUAUGCAAAUCAAGCUUAUUCUUGUGUUAUAGGAACAUACUACUAUUUAACAAUCGCUGUUCUAUAUUUCUGUGUCAUCAUCAUAGGUGAUAUGCAGUCAUUAGUUUGAAAGUCACAAUGCAUAGUUCAUUUAAUCUAGUGUAUGAUUAUUUUAAUGUUCUGCCAAAAAACUUAACACAUUCACCUUGUGUGCCAUUGAGAGACCGUGUGAGAAGUUGUUUCUUUGUCUUAUUUUCUUAUGUGAUAAAACUAAAUAAAUUUGUGAAGACAAUA